AUGUUCAACACAACACAACCCUCAACCGGUGGGUUCUCAUUUGGAGCAUCCAGCGCCUCUAAACCUGCCACAUCGACCGGAUUCUCCUUCGCAACUCCCACAUCCACUGCCACAUCCACCAAUCCAACAGGUUCACUAUUCGGAGGAAACGCGACAUUGAAUACAACAGCACCUUCAACUACCCCAUUUGGUGGGUUCUCUUCACAACCUGCAGCUGGAUCUACCACAACAACAUCGAAAUUCGGCUUUCCAAGCGCGUCCAAUCAAGCAACAGGUCUAUCAACCAACACUGGGUUUGGUCUCGGUGGUACAACUACCAGUUUGUUUUCAGGUGCUGGUAACAUCAAUCAACAAAAUCGUGAUAAGCAAGUCUAUCAACUACUCCUUCAAGCGGAUGAAGAGGCACGGCGGCAGCAAGCGCUUGUGUUGACCAGUGAAGAGCAAUACAAACCACAAAAUGUAUGGCAGGCAUUAGCACUAUUACGUUCCUGGUGGGAUCCAUCAUCACCGUAUUGCAAGUUCAAGUGCUACUUUUACAACCUCGUUCCUCCACAAGAAGUCCACUUGUAUCAGAAACCCCAGAAUCAUGAUAAAAAGGCAUGGGAUGAGGCACAAAAGAAAAAUCCAGAUCCAUCAAGAUUGGUACCUGCUCUUGCGGUUGGUUUUGAUGAUGUGAAGAAACGAAUGGAGGCUCAGGAACGACAAGCAGGGGCACAUUUAGCGACAUUGAAGGAAAUCCAAGACAAGAUCAAAAAGUUAAAGGGUGCAGAUGCACAAUCGACUGCAAACAAGUUGGAUGAGUACAAGCGGCGGCAAAUGGAUUUGACACAACGAGUAAUAAAGAUCCUGAAAUAUGCUCAAGUACUUCGCAACAAGGGUCUACCAUUAACAUCAGAAGAAGAAGCCAUGCGGACAUUGUUGGAAAAUGUACAAGAUCAGCUACUUCGAUCAGAGCAGUUCCGUGGAAAAUUAUCGCAGCUAUGGGCACAAUUACAAUUAAUCAAGGAAUCGGGUCGUAAAUAUGAUACAUCGGAGGACGCUAGGAUGUGGAGUGGCAUGAGUGAACAAGACAUGGGUACCAUUACCAAGAUUCUCGGCGAACAAACACACGGCAUUGAACAUACCAUUGAUAUCCUGGAGCAUGACCAAAUGGAUGUGGAUAAUAUGCUCGCUCGUUACCGGGAAAAGCAUUGA